AGUAAUGAACGGUCUGGCAAACGGUGAAUAACGGAAAUUUUCGAAAAUAAACAACGAUCGGUGACUAUGAAACGAAAACAACGAGCGUGUAUAAGAACAAUUACCGAUCCAUGAGAUUUUGAAAAUUACCGUUUAAAAUCCUUAAUCCCUUUAAAGAAACUCAUGUUCAAUACGGAGAAUGUCAAACAAACUGGAAACGAAAUAUAAUUUAAUCAAUUCUAGAGGUCAUCCGAAAACACCUCUGAAACCUUUUACAAAAUAUCGAAGAAGAUUUAAAUAACACACAGAUAUAGUAUAAGCAAACGUUAAGACUUAAAGUGACGACGGCGUAAAAAAUGUCUACACCUCGUCAAUCGUUUCGCCGUGAAAGGAAAGAGAAACCACCCUUUCAACGUUUUAAGGAUCAUUUUCGUAAAUUUACCGCGUUUAUGUUUAGUAAUGUUGGCAUUAUAUUAUUGGUAAUAUUAUAUACAAUUGGUGGCGCCUUUAUAUUUCAAGCGAUAGAGAUUUUUGAAUACGAAAUCAGCAAAGAUGUGGUGCCCGAAAAGUAUGGUCUGUUAACGCGUAAUUUUACGGCCGAAUGUUUGGAGCGUAUAUGGCAGGAGACAUCGCAAAAUAUAGGAUUUUAUGAUGCGAAAAUGUAUAAGAGAAGAGUUAACGAAAUUUUACUGGAAUUCCAAAGAUCAGUUGUACACAAUCAUCUAGUGGGUCAAGACAUUAGUAAACAAUGGAGUUUUUCGGGAGCAUUUUUAUAUUCCUUAACCGUUAUUACAACCAUAGGUUAUGGCAAUAUAUCACCACGUUCCGAUUGGGGCAAAUUAGCCACCAUAGUCUAUGCCAUUAUAGGCAUGCCUUUGUUUCUUCUAUAUCUCUCAAAUAUUGGUGAUGUUUUAGCGAAAUCUUUUAAAUGGAUUUAUUCAAAAGUUUGCCUCUGUCGCAUUUGUCCGGGAGUGGCGAGAAGACGUUUAAUACGCGAACGACGUAAACUACGACAAAUGAUGAUGAGUAAAGCGCUGGCCGAUAUGGAAGAAUCAAGACGUAGUAAAUAUGAUUCCUGCACUAGCAGUAGCAAUAGCUCGGAGAGUGCUACUAGUUAUUAUAGCGAAGAAAGUGAAACUUCUUCCAGCUCUUCCAGAAGUCUAGGACGUGGUCGAGAGUCCAAUGGUUUAGAUAUGUUAGAUUUAUUUGAGGACGAUGAUGAUUCCGAUAUUGAGCGCGAAAUAAAAGGUAGUACAGAUGAGAUAACAGUACCUUUAACAGUGUGUGUUUUCAUAAUGAUAAGCUAUAUUUUAUGGGGUGCUUUACUAUUUGGUCAAUGGGAAUCUUGGGGAUAUUUAGAUGGCAGCUAUUUCUGUUUUAUAUCCUUAAGCAGUAUUGGUUUUGGUGAUCUAGUGCCAGGUGAUCGUGUGAUAACCGCCGAUAAAGACAAAGUCGAAGUCAGCUUUAUUUUAUGUGCCGUUUAUCUUUUAUUGGGCAUGGCUUUGAUUGCCAUGUGUUUCAAUUUAAUGCAGGAACAAGUUAUUCAUAAUAUCCGAGCCAUUAAACGUGCUUUUAAAGCUUGUUUUCGUUGCAAGAAAAGGUAGAAAAAAUAUUCUACACAACUCUCUAUGCCACACUAUGUGUUCCCGGGAUCAACGUAUAGAAAUUAAGAGACAUUUAAUUAAAUGUUAUUUAUUGUUUUUAUUUAAAUUAUUAAGUAUUUUUUAAGUAGUUAUAUUUAAGAUUUUUUUUUAAUAGAUAUUCUUUAGUUUAUAGUCUUUAGUUGCCAUCUAAUUAUAAAUAACUUAUAAUUAAUGUUAUUGUUAUUUAAAGAAAAUUGUGGUUAAAAUUCAAACUCGAAGAAAGGAUUCUUUUUCUAAAUUUAAAUUAAUUUAAAUUUCUAUAAUAAGUUUAUUGUUUUUAAAUUUAUAUUUAAUAUUGUAUAUACAUAUAAUUGUUUGAUAAAUCUUUCCCUCCAAUAUUUCAUAAUUAAUAAGAAUAAUUUUGUAAAUAUCUAUAUUUUAGAAAUACAUGAAAUGUUAUAUAAGCUGGCUACGUUAUUCGAAAUAAACAAAAAAUAUACAUAAAUAAAAUGUUUAGAUUGUGGACGCCAGAUAGCCAGACAUGGGGCUUAAGCAGUUGAAAAUAAUUAUUUAAAG